AGCGGCAUCCAGUGGCCUGGACCAGUGCGGCUGCAGUGGUGAUCACGCUGGAACCUGCUGAUGGGACAAAAGGACAACAAAGGCCGGGACGCGAUGCUGGCAGCGGCCAGUGAGCGUGCGAGGACCCGGCUAGAUGUCACGGGAGCGGAGGGAUGCGGGCUCCGCGGGUGAAGGGGCGCCGGGUGCCCUGAGAGCCGGGCUGGGACCAGGACUGCGGGGCUCCGCGGUCGUUUUCGGAAACCGCCCUCUGGAAGGACAGAGAAGCUCCUUUCUCCCGCUGUGCCUCUGGUCUCAAAAGUGAUGCCAGGAUGCAGGUGUCCCCAGUGCCAGAAGAGAGAUGCCCACCAAGGAGCCCUGCGCGUCUGCUGAGACGAGAGUGAGGCACACGCAGCCCGAGACCGGCCACGGGGUCCACCACCUUCCGAAAGAAACACGGGAGCGCCUCAGCUGAAAACAGCUCAUCUUCGCUUUGGGGAAAAGCCAAGACCCAUCAGCUAGUCGAUACCAUUUUUCCCUGAGACCAUCUGUGGGUUAUUGGGGCAGAGGCCAAGCCCAAGAAGGUGCUGUUUCGAGACUGGAGGCUCGCGCGAAGGGGCACAGGCACAGGACUCAGCGAUGCUUCUGGACGCCGCCGCCGGCGGCCGAUGAGCGGACCCUGAGGGGGCUCAGCCUCUCCCCUGGGCAGGCAGAGCCCAACGGGACGACGCGCUUAAAGGAAGCCCAGGCCCGACCGGGGAGAAAGAACAAGAUUUCAUGGUCUUCCCAGACGGACGGUCCAGGCCACGGGAUCAUGGAGACCCAGGAAAAGAGGUGGCUGCGGGUGACCGUGCUGCCCGGCUGCGUGGGCUGCAGGACGGUGGCCGUGCCCGCGUCCUGGACGGUGCGUGACGUGAAGCGGCGCCUCGCGGCCGAGACGGGCUUCCCGGCGUCGGAGCAGCGGCUGUGGCUCGGCGGCCGGCAGUUAUGUGACUGGAUCCCGAUUGGAGAGCUGGCUCGCGGCAGUCGUCAUCUCUUUGUAAACCUUCAGUCAAAAGGCUUAAAAGGGGGAGGUCGAUUUGGGCAAACAACCCCACCGCUUGUCGAUUUUCUCAAGGACAUUCUGAGAAGAUACCCAGAAGGAGGACAGAUUCUCAAGGAAUUAAUUCAGAACGCAGAAGAUGCUGGGGCCACAGAGGUUAAAUUUUUAUAUGAUGAAACUCAGUAUGGAACAGAGACGCUCUGGUCGAAAGACAUGGCACAGUAUCAGGGGCCAGCCCUCUACGUGUACAACAACGCGGUCUUCACCCCGGAGGACUGGCACGGCAUCCAGGAGAUCGCGCGCAGCCGGAAAAAGGACGACCCUUUGAAGGUCGGAAGAUUUGGAAUCGGGUUUAAUUCUGUCUAUCAUAUCACAGAUGUUCCUUGUAUCUUCAGUGGGGACCAGAUUGGGAUGCUGGAUCCCCAUCAAACCCUGUUUGGUCCACACGAAUCAGGCCAGUGUUGGAAUCUUAAAGAUGACAGCAAAGAAAUCAGCGAGCUUGCAGACCAGUUUGCACCGUUUAUUGGCAUUUUUGGAAGCACCGAGGAAACGUUUCUAAGCGGCAGUUUUCCGGGCACAUUCUUCCGGUUCCCCCUCCGCCUGCAGCCCUCGCAGCUUAGCGGUAACCUCUACAAUAAGCAGAAGGUUCUCGAGUUGUUCGAGUCCUUCCGGGCCGAUGCAGACACGGUGCUGCUCUUCCUGAAAAGUGUGCAGGACGUCUCCUUGCAUGUCCGCGAGGCCGAUGGCACCGAGAAGCUGGUGUUCAGGGUGACGGCCAGCGAGGGCGAGGCCCCGAAGCUGGAGCGGCCGGACGCCGUCAGGGCCCUGGGCGCCGCCAUCAGCAGCUACUGUGCCAAGGUGCCCAGCAAGAGCAUAACCUGCGCGACGUACCCGAUGGACGUGGUGGUGGAGGACGCGUGCGCUGGGGGCACGCAGAGGACGUCUUGGCUGGUGUGUAACAGUGUGGGCGGCCGGGGCAUCAGUACCCAGCUGGACGCGCUGGCCGACGAGUUGAAGUUCGUGCCGGUCAUUGGCAUAGCCAUGCCCUUGUCCAGCGGGGGCGAGGAGGCGGGCGGGGCAGCCUCCGGCUUCGUGGGGAGAGCCUUCUGCUUCCUCCCUCUGCCGCCGGGCGACGAGAGCAAGACGGGCCUCCCUGUGCACAUCAGCGGCUUCUUCGGCCUGACGGACAAUCGCAGAAGCAUCAAAUGGAGAGAGCUGGACCAGUGGAGGGACCCGGCGGCCUUGUGGAACGAGCUGCUGGUCGGGAGCGUGGUCCCUCGCGCCUACGCCACCCUGAUCCUGGAUGCCAUCAGCCGCCUGCAGGCGGAAAGGAGCCCCGGCCUGCCGCUGUCGGCCGAUGCCGUCUACAGGCUUUGGCCGGACGUGGACCGGGCCCGGGUGCACUGGCAGCCCGUGCUGGAGCCUCUGUUUCGCGAGCUGUUCCAGAACGAGGUCCUUUACUCCCUCAGCGGCCACUGGGUCAGGCUGGAGCAGGCGUGCUUCUCCGAGCUGGACGAGAGUCUGGACUACACCAGGUCUGUGCUCAGCUACCUCCAGAGCGCCGGGAAGCAGGUGGUCAAGGUGCCGGCCCACGUGGCUGCUGCCGUCCAGCUGGCCGCCGCCGGUGCCAGGCCCGCGGGGAAGGUGACGCCCGCGUGGACACGGCAGGUGCUGAGGAAGGCGGCCCCCCUGGGCGGCGCUGCCGAGAAGCUUCACCUGCUCGAGUUUGUGCUCUCCGACCAGGCCUACAGCGAGCUGCUCGGGCUGGAGCUGCUGCCUUUGCAAAGUGGAAGCUUUGUUCCCUUCUCCUCGUCUGUCUCAGACCAGGAUGUCGUCUAUAUUACCUCAGAGGACCACCCCAGGUCCCUCUUCCCAGGUCUCGAAGGAAGAUUUAUUUUGGAUAACUUGAAACCUCAUCUUCUGGCUGCUUUAAAGGAAGCUGCCCAAACACGAGCACAACAGCUUCUCUGGGGAUAUUCAGGAAGACCGUGUACUCAGCUGCAGCUGCUCAGCCCGGAGCGUUUCGCCCGUCUCAUCAAGGAAGUAGUGAGCAACUUCUGGCCCGGCAGAGACCUGGUCGUUCAGUGGUACCCGUGUGACAGAGACAGGAAUCACCCGCCCGUUUCGUGGCUGAAAAUGGUUUGGAAGCACCUCUACGUACAUUUUUCCGAGGAUCUGACUUUAUUUGAUGAGAUGCCGCUUAUCCCUAGCACGGCUCUAGAAGAAGGUCAGACGUGCGUGGAACUCAUUAGACUCAGGAUUCCAUCACUGGUCAUUUUAGACGAUGAAUCGGAAGCACAGCUCCCAGAAUUUUUAGCAGACAUUGUGCAAAAGCUCGGAGGGACUGUGCUUAAAAAAUUAGAUGCCUCCAUCCAACAUCCACUUAUUAAGAAAUACAUUCACUCGCCGUCCCCGCAUGCUGUUCUGCAGGUCAUGGAGAAGAUGCCGCUGCAGAGACUGUGCAGUCAGAUAGCCUCGCUCCUUCCCACGCACAAGGACGCCCUCAGGCAGUUCUUCGCCAGUUUGACCGACAGCAGCGAGAGGGAGAGAAGAAUCAUCCAGGAACUGACCAUAUUCAAGCGCAUUAACCAUUCCCCCAGCGAGGGCGUUUCCUCUUACACGAAGCUGAAAGGCUGCCGGGUCCUGCACCACACGGCCCGGCUCCCGGCAGGCCUGCGCCUGUCUCUCCCCGUCAUCGACAGCAGUGACGAGGCCACCAUCCGCCUGGCAAACCUGCUCAAAGUGGAGACGUUAAAGACCACCACCUGCUUAAAGCUGAUUGUCAAAGACAUUGAAAGCGCGUUUUACUCUCAGGAAGAGACAACACACCUUAUGCUGUGGGUUCUUGAGAACCUGUCCUCUCUUAAAAACGAGAAUCCAAAUGUGCUGGAGUGGCUGGUGCCGUUAAAAUUCAUUCAGCUCUCGCAGGGACGGGUGGUCUCGGCCAGCGAGCUCUUCGAUCCCGCUGUGGACGUGUUACGGGAUCUCUUCUACAGCGAAGAAGAAACCUGCUUCCCGCCCCCAGCCUUCACCUCGCCAGAUAUUCUUCACUCUUUAAGACAGAUCGGUUUGAAAAACGAAGCCAGUCUCAAAGAGAAAGAUGUCGUGCAAGUGGCUAAAAAAAUCGAGGCCUUACAGGUCAGUUCUUGUCCAAAUCAGGACCCUCUCCUGAAGAAAGCCAGGACGCUCUUACUGGUCUUAAAUAAGAACCACGCCCUGCUGCAGUCGUCGGAAGGAAAGGUGACACUGAAGAAAAUCAGAUGGGUUCCAGCUUGCAAGGAGAGGCCUCCAAACUACCCAGGCUCUUUAGUCUGGAAGGGGGACCUCUGUGACCUCUGUGCGCCCCCGGACAUGUGCGACGCAGCCCACGCCAUUCUGGUUGGCUCGUCCCUUCCCCUCGUGGAGAGUGUCCAUGGAAACUUGGAAAAGGCUUUAGGUAUCUUCACGAAACCCAGUAUCAGUGCUGUCCUGAAGCACCUCAAAGCUGUCGUGGACUGGUACACGUCCAAGAACUUUAGUGAUGAGGACUACUAUCAGUUCCAGCACAUUCUGCUGGAAAUUUAUGGAUUCAUGCACGACCACUUAAAUGAGGGGAAAGAUGCUUUUAGAGCCUUGAAGUUUCCGUGGGUUUGGACUGGCAAAAAGUUUUGUCCUCUGGCCCAGGCUGUGAUAAAACCAUUCCAUGACCUUGAUCUUCAGCCUUAUUUGCAUAGUGUGCCUAAAACCAUGGCGAAAUUCCACCAGCUGUUUAAGGCGUGUGGUUCAAUCGAGGAACUGACUUCAGAUCACAUUUCCAUGGUCAUUCAGAAGGUGUAUGUCAAAAGUGAGCAAGAGCUCAGUGACCAGGAGAGCAAACAGAAUCUUCACCUCAUGCUGAACAUCAUCAGGUGGCUGUACAGCAAUCAGAUUCCCGCGAGCCCCAACACACCCGUUCCCAUCCAUCACAGCAAAGACCCCUCCAAACUCGUCAUGAAGCCAAUUCACGAAUGCUGUUACUGUGACAUCAAGGUUGACGACCUUAACGACUUGCUGGAAGAUUCGGUGGAGCCCAUCAUUUUGGUGCAUGAGGACAUACCCAUGAAAACCGCGGAAUGGCUCAAAGUCCCAUGCCUCAGUACCAGACUGAUCAACCCCGAAAACAUGGGCUUUGAGCAGUCGGGACAGAGAGAACCACUCACGGUAAGAAUUAAAAACAUUCUGGAAGAGUACCCGUCGGUGUCGGAUAUCUUUAAAGAGCUGCUUCAGAAUGCGGACGACGCCAAUGCCACGGAGUGCAGUUUCCUGAUCGACAUGCGGAGGAACCUGGACAUCCGUGAGAGCCUCCUGGACCCGGGGAUGGCGGCCUGCCACGGGCCGGCGCUCUGGUCCUUCAACAACUCGGAGUUCUCAGACGCGGACUUCGUGAACAUCACGAGGCUCGGGGAGUCGCUCAAGCGGGGAGAGGUUGACAAGGUCGGGAAGUUUGGCCUCGGCUUUAACUCCGUGUACCACAUCACCGACAUCCCCAUCAUCAUGAGCCGAGAGUUCAUGAUCAUGUUUGACCCAAACAUAAACCACAUCAGUAAACACAUCAAAGACAGAUCUAAUCCUGGGAUCAAAAUUAACUGGAGUAAGCAGCAGAAGAGACUCAGGAAGUUCCCCAAUCAGUUCAAGCCAUUCAUAGACGUCUUCGGCUGUCAGCUGCCUCUGACGGUAGAGGCACCUUACAGCUACGGCGGAACUCUCUUCCGACUGUCCUUCCGAACGCAGCAGGAAGCGAAGGUGAGUGAAGUGAGCAGCACCUGCUAUAACACGGCAGAUAUUUACGCUCUCGUGGACGAAUUUAGUCUCUGUGGACACAGGCUUAUCAUUUUCACUCAGAGUGUAACCUCCAUGUAUUUGAAGUACUUGAAAAUCGAGGAAAGCAACCCCAGCUUAGCCCAAGAUACAAUAAUAAUUAAAAAAAAGUCGUGCCCUUCCAAAGCACUGAGCGCACCCGUCGUAAGCGUCUUAAGAGAAGCUGCCAAGCUCAUGAAGACGUGCGGCAGCGGUAAUAAAAAGCUCCCCGCCGAAGCACCCAAGUCCUCCUGCAUCCUCCAGAUCACGGUGGAAGAAUUUCACCACGUGUUCAGAAGGAUCGCCGACUUACAGUCGCCGCUUUUCAGAGGCCCGGAUGACGACCCAGCCGCGCUCUUUGAGAUGGCCAAGUCCGGCCAAUCCAAAAAGCCGUCGGACGAGUUGCCGCAGAAAACAGUGGAGUGUACCACGUGGCUUAUAUGCAGCUGCAUGGACACGGGAGAGGCCCUCAGGUUCUCCCUGAGUGAAAGCGGAAGAAGGCUGGGGCUGGUUCCCUGUGGGGCAGUGGGCGUUCUUCUGGCCGAGGUCCAGGACCACACGUGGGCUGUGCGACCCCAGGCUGGGGAGGUGUUCUGCUACUUGCCCCUGCGCAUAAAAACGGGACUGCCGGUCCACAUCAACGGGUGCUUUGCCGUCACUUCCAACAGAAAGGAGGUCUGGAAGACAGACACGAAAGGACGGUGGAACAGCACCUUCAUGAGACACGUGAUCGUGAAAGCCUACCUGGAGGCGCUCUGCGUGCUUCGCGACCUGGCCGCCAGCGGCGAGCUGAUGGACUACACCUACCAUGCCGUGUGGCCUCACCCCGAUUUGGUUCACGAUGACUUUUCCGUCAUCUGCCAAGGGUUUUAUGAGGACAUAGCUCACGGGCGAGGGAAGGAACUGACCAGAGUCUUCUCGGAUGGGUCUACGUGGGUUUCUAUGAAGCACGUGAGGUUUCUAGAUGACUCUAUACUUAAAAGAAGAGACGUCGGCCCCGCCGCCUUCAAGAUAUUCUUGAAGUACCUCAAGAAGACAGGGCCGGAAACCCUCUGUGCUGUUGAGCUUCCUUCUUCAGUAAAAUUAGGAUUCGAAGAAGCUGGCUGCAAACAGAUACUGCUUGAAAAUACAUUUUCGGAGAAGCAGUUUUUCUCAGAAGUGUUUUUCCCAAAUAUUCAAGACAUUGAAGCAGAACUCCGAGAUCCUUUAAUGAAUUUUGUUCUCAACGAGAAAGUUGACGAGUUCUCAGGAAUCCUCCGAGUUACUCCGUGUAUUCCUUGCUCUCUGGAGGGGCACCCUCUGGUCUUACCCUCAAGGUUAAUCCACCCUGAGGGACGGGUCGCAAAGUUAUUUGACACUAAAGAUGGACGGUUUCCUUACGGCUCUACUCGGGAUUACCUAAACCCUAUUAUCCUGAUUAAACUCGUCCAGCUAGGUAUGGCCAAAGAUGAUAUCUUAUGGGACGACAUGCUGGAACGAGCAGAGUCAAUAGCUGAAAUUAAUGAGAGCGAUCACGGCGCUGCUUGUCUAAGAAGUAGCAUUCUGUUAAGUCUGAUUGAUGAAAAACUAAAAAUAAGGGAUCCUAGAGCAAAGGAUUUUGCUGCAAAAUAUCAAACAAUCCCCUUCCUUCCGUUUCUAACAAAACCAGCAGGGUUUUCUUUGGACUGGAAAGGUAACAGUUUUAAGCCUGAAACCAUGUUUGCGGCAACGGACCUUUACACGGCUGAGUAUCAAGAUAUGGUUUGUCUUCUGCACCCAAUUCUGAAUGAAAAUUCCCAUUCCUUCAGAGGUUGUGGCUCCAUGCCACUGGCUGUUAAAGAGUUUUUGGGAUUACUGAGGAAGCCCACGGUUGAUCUGGUGGUGAGGCAGCUGAAAGAAGUUGCGAAGUCAGCUGAUGAUGGGGUCGGACUGUACCAAGAAAGCAUCACCAGCGCCUGCUACAGAUACCUCCACGAGGCAGCGACGCAGAGCGACAGCGCCAAGGCAGCCAUCGUGGAAAGGUUAAGAACCUUCAGCUUCAUUCUGGUGGAGAACGCCUAUGUCGACGUGGAAAAAGUCGCUUUUCAUUUGAAUUUUGAAGCAGCCCCAUACCUUUAUCAGUUGCCUAAUAAAUAUAAAAAUAACUUCCGUGAACUUUUUGAAAGUGUGGGCGUGAGGCAGUCUUUCUCUGUGGAAGAUUUUGCUCGCGUUUUGGAAUCGAUUGAUCAAGAGAAGGAAUCAAAACAGAUAACUGAAGAGAAGUUUCAGCUUUGCCGGCGAAUAAUCAGUGAAGGAAUAUGGGGUCUCAUUAGAGAGAAGAAACAAGAAUUUUGUGAGAAAAAUUAUGGCAAAAUACUGUUGCCAGAUACUAAUCUUAGGCUUCUUCCUGCCAAAUCUCUGUGCUACAAUGAUUGUCCCUGGAUAAAAGUAAAGGAUUCCACCGUAAAAUACUGUCAUGCGGAUAUACCGAGGGAAGUGGCUGUAAAACUAGGUGCCGUCCCCAAGCGCCAUAAAGCCCUGGAGAGGUACGCGUCCAACAUCUGCUUUACGGCGCUCGGCACCGAAUUUGGACAGAAAGAGAAGCUGACCAGCAGGAUUAAGAGCAUCCUUAAUGCCUAUCCUUCGGAAAAGGAAAUGCUGAAAGAACUUCUUCAGAAUGCUGACGAUGCAAAGGCCACAGAAAUCUGUUUUGUGUUUGACCCCAGACAGCAUCCCGUGGAUAGAAUAUUUGAUGAUAAGUGGGCUCCCUUGCAGGGCCCAGCGCUGUGCGUGUAUAACAACCAACCCUUUACGGAAGACGAUGUCCGAGGAAUUCAGAAUCUUGGCAAAGGCACCAAAGAGGGAAACCCCUGUAAAACGGGCCAGUACGGAAUAGGAUUCAAUUCUGUGUAUCACAUCACGGACUGCCCGUCCUUUAUUUCCGGCAAUGACAUCCUGUGUAUCUUCGAUCCCCACGCCAGGUACGCCCCGGGGGCCACGUCCGUUAGUCCCGGACGCAUGUUUAGGGAUCUGGAUGCAGAUUUUAGGACGCAGUUCUCAGACGUCCUGGACCUUUACUUGGGGACCCACUUUAAACUGGACAACUGCACCAUGUUCAGGUUCCCGCUCCGGAACGCGGAGAUGGCGAAAGUUUCAGAAAUUUCUUCCGUUCCGUCCUCAGACAGAAUGGUCCAGAAUCUUCUGGACAAACUGCGGUCAGAUGGGGCAGAACUUCUAAUGUUUCUGAAUCACAUGGAAAAAAUUUCUAUCUGUGAGAUCGAUAAAGCCACUGGAGCCCUAAAUGUGCUGUACUCCGUGAAAGGCAAAAUCACCGACGGAGACAGGCUGAAAAGGAAGCAGUUUCACGCCUCUGUGAUGGACAGUGUCUCCAAAAAGAGGCAGCUCAAGGACAUCCCGGUUCAGCAGAUCACCUACACCAUGGACACCGAGGACUCGGAGGGAAACCUCACGGCCUGGCUCAUCUGCAACAGGUCGGGCUUCUCAAGCCUGGAGAGGGUGUCCAGGAGCGUCCUGUCAGCCCACAGGAACCAGGACAUCACCCUCUUCCCCCGCGGCGGAGUGGCUGCCUGCAUCACGCACAACUACAAGAAGCCCCACCGGGCCUUCUGCUUUUUGCCCCUCUCUUUGGAGACGGGGCUCCCCUUCCACGUCAACGGCCACUUUGCCCUCGACUCAGCCAGGAGGAACCUGUGGCGGGACGAUGACGGGGUCGGCGUUCGGAGUGACUGGAACAACAGCCUCAUGACGGCCCUCAUCGCGCCCGCCUACGUGGAACUGCUGAUCCAGUUGAAAAAGCGGUACUUCCCGGGUUCCGACCCAGCACUGUCCGUUUUACAGAACACGCCCAUUCACGUGGUGAAGGACACGCUGAAGAAGUUUUUGUCGUUUUUCCCCGUGAACAGGCUUGAUCUGCAGCCGGACCUGUACUGUCUGGUGAAAGCCCUGUACAGCUGCAUUCACGAAGACAUGAAGCGCCUCUUACCUGUCGUCCGGGCUCCCAACAUCGACGGCUCCGACCUGCACUCUGCAGUUAUAAUCACCUGGAUUAACAUGUCGACCUCAAGCAAGACCAGACCCUUUUUUGACAAUUUACUGCAGGAUGAGUUACAGCACCUGAAAAAUGCAGAUUAUAACAUCACCACACGCAAAACAGUGGCGGAGAACGUCUACAGGCUGAAGCACCUGCUUUUGGAAAUUGGUUUCAACCUGGUUUACAACUGUGAUGAAACUGCUAACCUGUACCACUGCCUCGUGGACGCCGACAUUCCUGUGAGUUACGUCACCCCCGCCGACGUCCGGGCUUUUCUCAUGACGUUUUCCUCCCCCGACACGAGCUGCCACAUCGGGAAGCUGCCUUGUCGUCUGCAGCAGACCAACCUGAAGCUGUUCCACAGUUUGAAACUUUUGGUUGAUUACUGCUUUAAGGACGCAGAGGAACGUGAGAUCGAGGUGGAGGGCCUGCCCCUCCUCAUCACCCUGGACAGCGUGCUGCAAACGUUCGACGCAAGGCGACCCAAGUUUCUGACCACGUACCAUGAACUGAUCCCGUCCCGCAAAGACCUGUUCAUGAACACGCUGUAUCUGAAGUACAGUAACAUCUUGCUGAGCUGCAACGUGGCCAAAGUGUUUGACAUUUCCAGCUUCGCUGACUUGUUAUCGUCCGUGCUGCCUCGUGAGUAUAAGACCAAAACCUGUACAAAGUGGAAGGACAACUUUGCAAGUGAGUCUUGGCUUAAGAAUGCCUGGCAUUUUGUCAGUGAAGCUGUCAAUGUCAAGGAAGAUCAAGACGAGGCAAAACCCAACUUCGACGCUGUCGCUGACACCCUGAAAGACUGGGCGCUGCUCCCCGGAACCAAGUUCACGGUUUCGGCCAAUCAGCUGGUGGUGCCCGAGGGCGACGUCCUGCUGCCUCUGAGUCUCAUGCACAUCGCCGUUUUCCCAAACGCCCAGAGCGACAAGGUUUUCCACGCUCUCAUGAAAGCCGGCUGUAUCCAGCUUGCCUUGAACAAGAUCUGCUCCAAAGACAGUGCGUUUGUUCCUCUGCUGUCCCGUCACACGGCAAACAUCGAGAGCCCCACGAGUAUUCUGAAGGCUGUGCACUACAUGGUCCAAACCUCAACAUUUAGAACGGACAAGUUAGUAGAAAAUGACUUUGAAGCGCUCUUGAUGUAUUUCAACUGCAAUUUGAAUCACCUGAUGUCCCAAGACGACAUAAAAAUUCUAAAGUCACUUCCCUGCUACAAGUCCAUCAGUGGUCGCUACAUGAGCAUUGCAAAGUUCGGAACGUGCUAUGUGCUCACGAAAAGCAUCCCUUCGGCCGAAGUGGAAAAGUGGACACAAUUAUCGUCGUCUGCGUUUCUUGAAGAAAAAAUGCACCUAAAGGAACUGUACGAGGUGCUCGGUUGUGUCCCCGUAGAUGAUCUGGAGGUUUAUCUGAAACACCUCCUACCCAAAAUUGAAAAUCUCUCCUACGAUGCAAAAUUAGAGCAUCUCAUCUAUCUUAAGAAUAGGUUAUCAAGUAGCGAGGAACUGUCAGAGAUCAAGGAACAACUUUUUGAAAAGCUGGAAAGUUUACUGAUAAUUCAUGACGCCAACGGGCGGCUAAAGCAAGCAAAACAUUUCUAUGAUAGAACCGUGAGAGUUUUUGAGGUUAUGCUUCCUGAGAAAUUGUUUAUUCCUAAGGACUUCUUUAAAAAAUUGGAACAACUUAUAAAGCCCAAAAAUCAAGCUGCAUUUAUGACCUCCUGGGUAGAAUUCUUGAGAAAUAUUGGACUAAAACACAUACUUUCUCAGCAGCAGUUGUUACAGUUUGCUAAGGAAAUCAGUGUGAGAGCCAAUACGGAAAACUGGUCCAAAGAAACGCUGCAAAACACAGUUGAUAUCCUUCUCCACCAUAUUUUCCAGGAACGAAUGGAUUUGUUAUCUGGAAAUUUCCUGAAGGAACUCUCUUUAAUACCAUUCUUAUGUCCCGAGCGGGCCCCUGCUGAAUUUAUUCGAUUUCACCCUCAGUAUCAAGAAGUGAACGGAACCCUCCCUCUUAUAAAGUUCAACGGAGCCCAGGUAAAUCCCAAAUUCAAGCAAUGCGAUGUGCUCCAGCUCUUAUGGACGUCCUGCCCUAUCCUUCCAGAGAAAGCCACACCCUUGAGCAUCAGAGAGCAAGAGGGCAGCGAGCUUGGCCCACAGGAGCAGCUGGAGCAGGUUUUGAGCAUGCUGAGCGUGAACCUGGACCCGCCUCUGGAUAAGGUCAUCAGUAACUGCAGAAACAUAUGCAACAUCACGACCCUGGACGAAGACAUGGUCAAAACCAGAGCAAGGGUCUUGCGGAGCAUAUACGAAUUUCUCAGCGCAGAAAAAAGGGAGUUUCGCUUUCAGCUGCGGGGGGUUGCUUUCGUGAUGGUGGAGGAUGGCUGGAAACUUCUGAAGCCAGAGGAGGUGGUGAUAAACCUGGAGUACGAGUCCGACUUCAAACCGUAUCUGUACAAGCUGCCGUUGGAGCUCGGCACCUUUCAUCAGCUCUUCAAACACCUGGGGACUGAGGACGUCAUUUCCACGAAGCAGUAUGUCGAGGUGCUGAGCCGCAUAUUCAAAAAUUCCGAAGGAAAGCAGCUGGAUCCCAAUGAGAUGCGCACCGUCAAGAGAGUAGUGUCCGGCUUGUUCAAGAGUCUGCAGAACGACUCCGUCAAGGUGCGGGGCGACCUCGAGAGCGUGCGGGACCUCGCGCUGUACCUGCCGAGCCAGGACGGGAGGCUGGUGAAGUCCAGCAUCCUGGUGUUUGACGACGCCCCGCACUACAAGAGCAGGAUCCAGGGGAACAUCGGCGUGCAGAUGCUGGUGGAUCUCAGCCAGUGCUACCUGGGGAAGGACCACGGGUUCCACACGAAGCUGAUCAUGCUCUUUCCCCAGAAGCUCCGGCCGCGCCUGCUGAGCAGCAUCCUCGAGGAGCAGCUGGACGAGGAGACGCCCAAGGUCUGCCAGUUUGGAGCCCUGUGCUCCCUGCAGGGCAGGCUGCAGUUGCUCCUGUCUUCGGAGCAGUUCAUCACGGGCCUGAUUCGAAUCAUGAAGCACGAAAACGACAACGCCUUCCUGGCCAACGAGGAGAAAGCCAUCCGACUCUGCAAAGCCCUGCGCGAAGGACUGAAGGUGUCCUGCUUUGAGAAGCUUCAGACCACGUUGCGGGUGAAGGGGUUCAACCCCAUCCCCCACAGCAGGAGUGAGACGUUCGCCUUCCUCAAGAGGUUUGGGACCGCGGUCAUCCUGCUCUACAUCCAGCACUCGGACAGCAAAGACAUCAACUUCCUCUUGGCCUUGGCCAUGACGCUGAAGUCGGCCACCGACAAUCUCAUCUCGGACACUUCCUAUCUGAUUGCCAUGCUGGGCUGCAACGAUAUUUACAGGAUCAGCGAGAAGCUGGACAGUCUGGGGGUGAAAUACGACUCCUCGGAGCCAUCGAAACUUGAACUCCCAAUGCCCGGCACGCCGAUACCUGCAGAGAUUCACUACACGCUGCUUAUGGAUCCGAUGAACGUUUUCUACCCGGGAGAGUACGUGGGGUACCUCGUUGAUGCCGAAGGGGGUGACAUCUACGGGUCUUACCAGCCGACGUAUACGUACGCCAUCAUUGUACAGGAAGUUGAGAGGGAAGAUGCGGACAACUCCAGUUUUCUAGGAAAGAUCUAUCAGAUUGACAUCGGCUACAGUGAAUAUAAAAUAGUUAGCUCUCUCGAUCUGUAUAAGUUUUCAAGGCCAGAGGAGAGCUCUCAGAGCAGAGACAGCGCCCCGUCCACACCCACCAGCCCCACGGAGUUCCCGGCCCCGGGUCUGCGAAGCAUCCCGCCUCUCUUCUCUGGCAGAGAGACCCCCAAGACCCCAUCGUCCAAGCAUCAUUCCCCCAAAAAGCUGAAGGCGAAUUCUCUACCAGAAAUUUUAAAAGAGGUGACAUCCGUGGUGGAGCAAGCCUGGAAGCUUCCAGAGUCUGAACGGAAAAAGAUUAUCAGGCGGUUGUAUUUGAAAUGGCACCCUGACAAGAACCCAGAAAACCAUGACCUUGCUAAUGAAGUUUUCAAGCAUUUGCAGAAUGAAAUCAACAGAUUAGAGAAACAGGCUUUUCUGGAUCAAAAUUCAGACAGAGCCUCAAGGCGCCCAUUUUCAACCCCGGCAUCGCGGUUUCCGUCAGACAAGUUCUCCUUUCAGAGGUUUUACACGUCCUGGAAUCAAGAGGCAACGAGCCAUAAAUCUGAGAGGCAGCAACAAAACAAGGAAAAGUGCCCACCUUCAGCCGGACAGACUUACUCUCAGCGGUUCUUCGUUCCUCCCACGUUCAAGUCGGUCGGUAACCCGGUCGAAGCUCGGAGGUGGUUACGACAAGCCAGAGCGAAUUUCUCUGCUGCCAGGAAUGACCUUCACAAAAAUGCGAACGAGUGGGUGUGCUUUAAAUGCUUCCUCUCUACCAAGCUGGCUCUGAUCGCCGCCGACUACGCCGUGAGGGGCAAGUCUGACAAAGACGUGAAGCCAACCGCACUGGCGCAGAAAAUCGAGGAGUACGGACAGCAGCUGGAAGGCCUGACGAAUGACGUCCACACCUUGGAAGCCUAUGGUGUGGACGGUUUAAAAACAAGAUACCCCGACCUGCUGCCCUUCCCCCAGAUCCCAAACGACAGGUUCACUUCCGAGGUUGCCAUGAGGGUGAUGGAGUGCACGGCCUGUAUCAUCAUCAAGCUCGAAAACUUUAUACAGCAGAAGUUGUGAAAGUAUUUAAAGAAAAAGCAGAGCCAGAUCUUGAAUGUGUUGUAGCACAAAUAGGAAUUGCUAUGCCUCCUUGAGCUUCCCCGUCCGCUGUUUUGGAAUUGCAAAGCACACUCCGACUGCUUGGGAAGGAGUUGGGAGCUGUGAGCCUGCCCAUCGACAGAGCAACUUGCCUGACCGCCAGUGUACCUGGCCGGCCGGGCCGGGCCUCGUUCACCCGCUCUGUGUACAACCAAAGCUUAGCGGUCUGUCAGCUAAGAGGCCAGCGUCUCUGCUUUGGAUGAAGUUAGUUUUCUGUUUCUAACAUGGUCCAUUUGAAGAGCUCAUGAAACACUGGACAUGUCACUGGUUUCAACAACUAAGGGGAAUUACGUCUCUGGAAUUCAUGAUUUCUUUAAGUGGAUCCUCUUUGGAUGUGUUAUUUUCUUAUCAGCUGGAUCUGAUGAUGAAUUUGUUGCCAUUUUGCGUAUUAAAUACUCAGUACAUGUAAAGACGGUACAGUAUUACUCCUGAAUAUUACUUGAUUGAGAAUCUGCAGACGGCCCUUCCCGGGGUGGGGUCGCGGGGCGGGGGGGCAGUCACAUCCUCACUGCAGGUGUUCUCACCUGGUGUUUACGGCCUUCCGGGCUUAUGAAGGUAGCAUGUAGGAGACCCCGCUGGGGGGCAGUUCUUACCCUGGAUGUCAUUUGCUUCUUCCAGGAACUGCCUUCCAGAGUGACAUCUGUCACCUCUUAGAGCACUUGCUUAUGUUUGUACAUAUUUUCCACAAACAUAAUUUAGAUAGUGUGGUUAAGCAGGAUGCAAUCUUUUGUCUAAAGGUGCUGCAGUAAAAAUUUUUUGUCCUCCAACAUGGCACUUAGUGGAGGGUUUUUUUUUUUUUUUUUUUGGAUUUUACUUUGAAGACAUUAAAAAAUUAUAAAAUCAGGAAUUCCCACUGUGGCACAGUGGGUUAAUGAUCCAGCUUUCUCUGGGAGGUGCUGGUUCGAUCCCCUGCCCAGUGCAGUAGGUCAAAGAUCUGGCGUUGCUACAGCUGUGGCGUAGUCACAGCUCCAGCUCAGAUUAGAUCCCUGGCCUGGGAACUUCCAUAUGCUGUGAGCAUGGCUGAAAAAGAAAAAAAAAAAAAAAAUGUAAAAUCAUUGUGACAAUAUCUAGUAGGCUCUGAAAGGAAUUAUCAGCUUGUGUUUUCCCCAUGAAUGAUUCAGAACUGACGUCUGAUUUCUUUAUCAUGUAUGAGUGUCCUACAUCCGUUAUUUUUUCUGCAGAAUGUAAAAGAAAAAGUGACGAUAAUUAGUUUAUUCAAGUAUCCUGGCUGUAAAUGUUGCUAAAUAUAAUAUUUUAUGCAAUUAAGGGCUUAUGGAACAUAUUACUGAAUUUUUUACUUGUACCGGUAACAAGGAAUGUUUGCGCCUCCACUGUCGUGCUGCUUCUGGAUGUGAAGCCAUGUGAUUAUUUCUGCUGUUAUAUUAAGCGCCACAAUUUUAAUAAAGCAGAUGUACAUAUGAAA